GCCUAGAAAACCCAGUUGGGGUUGAAGUCUAAUUUUUCUAAAAUUGUGUAAAGUGAGAGAUGGCUCCUGUCCUGAAUUGAUUACAGCCUAAAAAAGAGAAGUCUUAGGUAUCUGUAUUUGCUCCCACGACAGAGUUUGUGAUCUGUUGGACAUCUUGGAUGUGGAGGAGUGGUAUGCUUACAUUUAUGCAGGGUGACAGCUGUGUUCUGGGUUAGCAUUUUGGGGUUGUGUGACUUGCUGCAGUUCUGCAUUCCAACGGCAGCGUGCAUUCCUCUACCGCAGCUGCAAAAGCACCCGCGCCCCUUGGUAAAUUUGACUUGGUAAGGUCUGAACAACGACUUUGUGCUGUUGGGUUACUUAUUAGUAACAGUGUGGACUUGCUAACACCCUGCCACUAUUUAUUUUGUAAACAGCGCUCCCAAGUUGGUUACUCUGUGGCUGGAGCUCCCUGGGGUGGGCGCCUCUUGCAGUUACAAAAUUGCCCUCUUAUGUAAGGGCUGUGUGGUGCCCUCCUGCCGCUGGGGCUGCAGCUGUCGGGAUUUGUGAUUGUUCCCGAUGUGGGGAUGUUGGCAAUGUGUGACACAGCCUUCGGAACACGCCUUUGCCUGCGGCUGUCCGGGGAGAAGCCACUGGCAAGAUAAAGGCUUCUCUGCUGGAGCACCAUCUGGGGAAAGCUGGGAGAGAUUCAGGGUUUGUGGCAUAGUAUGGAUUUGGCAUCAACACAGCAUAAUCAUCUACAAAAUCAUUGGGUCAGAGAAUUUGGAAGACAGGAAGGGGAAAAAGAAGAUGAGGAAAUAGUUGCAGAAAUCAUGGGGAGGCGUUUUUUUCCUGAUAUUAUAGCUUAUAAGGCCUGGGAAGGCUUUCACUUUGCUGGCCAUGAGAUAAGAAUUACAGAAGCCACUGAUUGUUACGGGGCAGUCGUCUGGCCAUCGGCUCUUGUUCUGUGUUAUUUUUUGGAAACUAAUUCUAAACAAUGCAAUUUGGUUGACAAAAAUGUGAUUGAAAUUGGAGCUGGAACUGGCUUGGUCUCCAUAGUAGCCAGUUUGCUGGGUGCCUUUGUGACUGCCACAGAUUUGCCAGAACUACUGGGAAACCUUCAGCACAAUGUUCUCCAAAAUACAAAGCAGAAAUGCAAGCACCAGCCUUGUGUAAAGGAGUUGUCUUGGGGAAUUGAUCUGGAAAAGAACUUUCCUAGGUCUUCAUGUCACUUUGACUACAUUAUGGCUGCUGAUGUAGUUUACCACCAUCCAUUCCUGGAUGAACUCCUCCUAACUUUUGAUCACUUGUGCAAGGAUGAUACUGUUAUUCUGUGGGCCAUGAAAUUUAGGUUGGAGAAUGAAAACGGAUUUGUGGACAGAUUUCAGACAUUGUUUGACUUAGAGAUGAUUUCUAAUUUUCCCAGUUUGAACAUAGCCUUGUAUAAAGCAAUGAGGAAAGGCAGGAUGAAAGCCAGACCUUCCAAACUGAAGGUCUGAAAGAGAGAUGUGGGGAGGUGACAAUUUCAUUUGUUCUGCAGCUUUUUCUCUGUUUAAUAAUUUCUAUUUUAGUAGCUGCUGACACUUACAUGAAUGACAUUUCUAGAGAUAGGUAAAACAAAUCAUCAAAUUCCUAGUGCAUUCCUAUAAGUUCCUAAAUUCAAUUUGCCAAUAGUGUUAUACACAGAAGAGUUAUAUCUGUGACAUUUUCUUGACUUUUAUGUCCUCAGCUGACAACUCUAAUAACUUUUACAAGACUUACCAUUAUUGUUAUGGGUCAUAUAAUGAAUAUUUCCACAAGUUUUCAA